AUGCUUAUAGAUAAUAAAAUUAAGGACUUGGAGUUAGAGAGAAAAAGAAAAGCAAUGGAAAAACAUAAGAAAGAUGUGAUAGAAACUUGUUUUCAUACCUUUAAUAGUGCUAUUCCAAAUUCAGAGUGUAAUAAUGUAUACUUUGUUGAUCCAAUGAAGGAUAGUGUUCCAUUUCUUGAUAUUAUUUGGAGAAGUAAAUUUGUUGCUUUAUAUGGUGCACGUAUCUCAGAAAAAUCCACAUGUGUGAUUCAAGUUAAGAAACAGUUGAUAGAUGAAGGCUUUAUCUGUAUUUAUGAAUUUGCUAGAUUUUUUAGUAAAGACAAGUGUAAAAAAAGGGUGGUUCUCUUUGUUGAUGAGUAUGAUGUAUUGUAUGAAACAGGUGAUGAUAUUAGAGCCUCAUUACUUAGGGUUAUCUGUGGCAUUAAAAAUGCAAAAGAUAAAUAUUCUCUCUGGUCUUCUGUGGCUGUUAGUCCCUUCAGUAUCUUACAUUUGAAUUCAAAUAGGAGUAUAUCACCAUUCAAUGUAAAAGAUCCCAAAAUCCAAAUUUCACGAAGAAGCAAUUCAUUGCAAAAAUCAGUACUAGAUUAUGCCACCUUUAGAAAGAUGGUCUAUAUACUUACCAAGGAUAAAGCCAGGAAAGCCAUGCAACUUAUUCAACCUACAUUCAUAGAAUUCUUUGAUUUAGUACAGAUUGUUGACAAAAGAAAUUUAGCAGAAGUCUUAACAGCUGAGGGUGUAUUAAUUAGGGAUGAAGAGACCAAAGAUAGAUUUAAAAUGUCAUUUGUUCUUGUAGAUAAGCUGGUUUGA